AUGUAUAACAAUUUUCAUUUGAGAAAUGAAAUAAUUAGAGAAGCAAUUGGAUUACCAUUCAACGCAAUGAUCGUGGACGAUGAAUUAUCUUCUUCCCCUUUUUUGACUUCAAAUUCAAAUAGACCACUACAUACAUCCAAUCAUCUUCCAAGUAGACCAGAAUAUAUGUAUGUAAGCCAGUCUGGUCCAAUCGAUCAAAAGUUUUCAAAAAAGCCCAGAUUCAUUCUUACCCAACAACCACAAUCACAAAUACCAACGAUUGAUCCAACUUUGUAUAUCUCCCAAACAGAAAUGUUGGAAAAGAAAUAUGGUAUUCCAACCGUACCAUUUUGUAAUUGUGAUCAACCUGAAACCUGUUUUAGUUGCAAUGUCAACAGAAUCAAUGAUGGCAUUGUCUACAGACCCGACAAUGUCGAAGGUGUUGCUAGAGAACUGAAUACAUCAGCAAAGUGGACCAAAGAGUUGCUACGCAAAAUGGAUAAAUACCUUGCAAACUAUGGACCAAAACUCGACGCUGCCCAACUAAAGGUAUUCACAUCAUUAUUUCUAAAUCAAAAUCUUCUAUCGUUGCUAAGAAAAAGACUUUCAACUCAAAAAGCUCCAACGAUCAUCGCAAUGGAUUGGAGUCUCGGUUCGUUGGUACUAUUCCGGUAUAUUGAUGUCUACCAAAAAAGGCGAUCCUCUCUUACUCUCCGUCGAGAGGCUCAAUCCGCUGCUUGGAUACACGUUGGACAACGUCGUUCUGAUUUGCGCCUGUUUCAACUCUUGUGCAACCGUCAAUGCCUACAAAGACCUAUUAAAUGCACAACAGUUGGCCGCCAUCAACCAACAAUUACAAGUGCUUCGUCAAGACCCAACACUCAACCACCAACAAAUCAACGAAUUGGAAAGACUCAAAAAGGUCAAGCUCCAACAUCAAGGCCAUUGCUUGCCAAGUCAGUACCUGUCAACAACCGUAGUUUAUUAGAAUAUAAUGGAAUAGAUUAG